UUAUAAAUGAUAAGAGAUGUAUACAAGUUUUUAGAGAGAGAAAGUAAUACCCACAAGGAGAGAAGAGAGAGAGAGAGAGGGGGGAGGAAGAAGAAGAAGAAGGGCUUCUGGGGUUCUUUUCAGACACAGAAGUUACGGUCAUGGCGGAUUCAAGUGAUUCCGUCUCUGUUGAUAUGGAAACCAUCUAUCUUGGUGGAAAGGAACAUAUCAUUAGGACUGGCCGUGGUUCCGUGUCUGUAAUUGUGUAUGGAGACCAAGAAAAGCCGCCGUUGAUUACGUAUCCUGAUUUAGCUCUAAAUCAUAUGUUGUGUUUCCAAGGACUAUUCUUCUGUCCCGAAGCAGCUUCUUUGCUCCUCCAUAAUUUCUGCGUUUAUCACAUCAGUCCACCUGGGCACGAGUUAGGAGCAGCAGCGAUCUGUUCCGAUGAUCCCAUACCGUCUGUUGAUGAUCUUUGUGAUCAGAUUCUGGAAGUCCUCAACUAUUUUAGGCUUGGUGCAGUGAUGUGUAUGGGGGCAACGGCAGGGGCGUAUAUUCUUACGCUAUUUGCGAUAAAGUAUAGAGACAGAGUUACUGGUCUUAUACUUGUUUCUCCUCUUUGCAAAGCACCUUCUUGGACCGAAUGGUUUUACAAUAAGCUGAUGUCGAAUUUGCUGUAUUACUACGGUAUGUGUGGAUUGCUAAAAGAGUGUUUACUUCAAAGAUACUUCAGUAAGGAUGUUCGUGGUAAUCCAGAAAUCCCGGAGUCUGAUAUAGUUCAAGCGUGCAGAAAGUUAUUGGAUGAAAGACAGAGCAUUAACGUAUGGCGGUAUCUUCAAGCAAUCGAUAGGAGACCCGACAUUACUGAAGGGUUGAAGAAGCUAAAAUGCAGAACACUUAUCUUUGUCGGUGAUAGCUCCCCGUUCCAUUCGGAAGCCCUCAACAUGACUGGAAAGUUGGACCGAAGAUAUAGUGCUUUAGUUGAGGUACAGGUUUGUGGAUCAAUGGUGACAGAAGAGCAGCCACAUGCAAUGCUGAUACCCAUGGAGUAUUUUCUAAUGGGGUAUGGACUGUACAGGCCGAGCCAAUUCACGGGCAGCCCGAGGAGCCCUCUGAGUCCGUCUUGCAUAGCCCCGGAACUUCUCUCUCCCGAAAGCAUGGGGUUGAAGCUAAAACCGAUAAAAACACGAGUAUCUUGUCAUGGGGAGUGAAAGAACGAUGACGAUGGAUGGAUGGAUCGAUCCCGGAGUGAGUUCAAGUACAGUUUGUUGGUUGGUAAUUUUUUUUGGAUUUUGGAUUCAAGGGUAGAUAUAUAUAAUAUAUAUAUAUAUAUAUAUAUGUAUACAUACAUAUGGUAUAUGUAGAUAGAGGAAAAAGGGUAUUCUUUAAAUGGUGGACAUAUAAUUGAUUUGUUGUAGGGUUGGUGGUCAUAAAAACAGAAACAUUGUAUUUGUAAAGGAGAAUAUGAUUUAUGAUGAAAAAAGUAAUAAUACCUUCUCUUUUUGUAGCUGCA